UCUUUAAAGAAUUUUCACUAAAUUUUAUCUCUAGAAAAAAUGUCUUUUUGGAGCCCGGGCUUAAUCAAAAUUUGGUCAUAAAACAAUUGUUGGCGGUUAUAAAAAUUAGAUUGAAUUUGGGAGAAAAUUUUAUUGAAAUCAAAAAAUCAAAUCAAAUCAAAUAAUUCCUCUCAAGCACAAAUUUUUUGGAAAUUCUGUCUUUAAAAACUUCGACUGGCUCGACCAUGACUAAAAAUUUUGUUUUUAGAAUGGCGCCUCCAACUCAACGCCAAAAAUUAAGGCUAAAAAUAAAUAAAUUAAAACAACAGCAAAUGCAAGCGGAAUUGCAGUUACACCAAUACGACAGGCUACAGCGACAGCAGCGGGAGGAAUGGCGGUGGCGAAGUGGAGCAUACCCCGAUUAUGAAGGGGGAUAUAUAUCCCACUAUUAUAGGGGGCACAUGAGCCCCCCACUACGCAGACCCCCACCACGCAGCCCCCCAUUACGUUACGAAGAGUACUAUGAACGUUAUAAUUACGAAAGUGGCCGUAGCUACGAGCCACCAUCAACACGCCAACCAGCUCCAGCUCCAGCUUACGAAAGUGGCCGUGGCUAUGAGCCACCAUCAACACGCCAACCAGCUCCAGCUCCAGCUUACGAAAGUGGCCGUGGCUAUGAGCAACCAUCAACACGCCAACCAGCUCCAGCUCCAGCUUACGCAGGUGGCCGUAGCUACGAGCCACCAUCAACACGCCAACCAGCUCUAGCUCCAGCUUACGAACGUGGCCGUGGCUACGAGCCACUAUCAACACGCCAACCAGCUCCAGCUCCAGCUUAGGCAGGUGGCCGUAGCUACGAGCCACCAUCAACACGCCAACCAGCUCCAGCUCCAGCUUACGAAAGUGGCCGUGGCUAUGAGCAACCAUCAACACGCCAACCAGCUCCAGCUCCAGCUUACGAACGUGGCCGUGGCUAUGAGCCACCGUCAACACGCCCACCACCGCCAAUUCAACCAGCUUCAGCUUGCGAACGUGGCCGUGGCUAUGAGCCACCAUCAACACGCCCACCACCGCCAAUUCAACCAGCUUCAGCUUCAGCUUGCGAACGUGGCGAAUGUGAAUGUGACUAUGAGCCACAGUACCCAACUACAUCAACAUCAACACGCCAACCACCACCCACUCAACCAGCUGGCGAAAAUGGCAAACAAGGCCACCUAGAAGAGACAAACUAUUAAACUAUUGUAUUAAACUAAAACUAAACAAACUAUUAUAUUAAACUAUUGUUGUUA